AUGGCUUUCUACAACAGCUGUCGAAACGUCAAACUCACUGGACCAGUACUCUCUGCCGAUUGCAAGGACCACAAUGGUAACUGGAUACCCUCGGAUAUCAAUCUCAGCCGUUACAUUGGCAACAACAAUGGAUGCUUUAGCACUAAAACCGAAAAAUUCUUUGAGAGUGCUACGAAUGUCCGCCUGGAAGGCUCAGUCCUCCAUGCGCAAAUGCUAAUGACUUCGGGACAUUGGCAUGACGAGCAAACGAUUGAUCUCAACCUGAUCAUCUACAACAAUGAUGGAGAUCUCAAGUUCAAGCAGCACAUGCACGAGUCCAUUCUGAAGACUGGCUCCUUCUUCUACCUCGACGGCAGCGUUCUGUGCGGUCUCGUCCUUGGCUACAACGGCAAGUACAACGUGGCCGAGAUCGAUCUCAACGAUCACUACGCCAACAAGAAUGGCUCCUUCCAAUCCGAAGACAACCACUUUUACUAUUCGUCUAGGAACCUCACGCUCGAUCCGUCGCCCGGCGCUCUUACUCUGAAGGGCGAGCUGAGGAACUGGGACAAGAAUUACCAACAUGCAGAAAUGAACCUGGCUAUUUGCAUCAUGAACGACGAUGGCAAGUUUCGUUUUGUCAGGCACGACGGCUUCUGGGACCGCGACGGCUGGUUCGCCAAGACCUUUGAAGGCGUGCCCCUCAUCGGCUUCGUCAUCGCCGGCGUGCACGAGGCCGCCGGCAACCACGAACAUGCCGCUCGGGCGCUCGCCAAGUGCGCCAACAGCUCCAUCGUCUGUGUUGGCGUCGUCGUCGGCUUCAUGCUCGGCGAGUCGGUCGGGGCCGUCAUCGGCGCCGGCAUCGCCACGCCCAUUGGCAUCUGGGUCGAGACGGAGAUCAAGGAACACCUGAUCGAGGACCCGAUGCUGCUGGCCGAGUUCGAGGACGCGACGCUCGGUCGCUACAUCGGCGAGACCCUGCUGAACAUGGGCAUGGCUGCCAUUCCUGGUGAUCCGAUUGCCAACAUGACGGGUGCCGCUGGCAACGAGGCGUUGAAGGUGACUUUCCGAAAGGCCUUGACCAAUUAUACGCGCCAGGUAGUGGCGGGGAUGAGGUCCACUGUGGCGCCGACGGAGGUUGAGGAGAAAACCAAGAUUCUCUUGUCAGGCAUCGGUGACCUGCUCAAGGGCCAGCCGCCUGCCAGCUGGUCGGAGGCGGAGGAGAAGGUCAAGAACGUUUUGCGGGACAGGGGCGCGGAAAUGGUGAACGUGCCGCCCAUGGUAGAUUUCAAGCUUUAAGGGGAUUGUGAAACGUUGAGCGCGUAUGUCCCUCGAGAAGUGAUGGAUGAAUGGAUGGAUGGAUGGAUACAUAUAGACGACGGCUUUCAUGGAUGAAGUUAUAG